GCCAUGAUGGAGACACUUAAUGGUUUAGGUAUGCUUACUGGCACUGUUUUUGGAGCAUUAUUUAGUGAGAUUGGAGGAUACAGUUUACCAUAUUUGAUUUUGGGUACUUUCUUAUUUAUGUCUUCUCUACUUGCUAGAAAAUAUUUACCGUGCGAAAGAGAAGACCUUAAGACAGAAUUUAUAGAAUUAAAGAAAUUAAUCUUCCAUCAUCAUUUCCUAAUGAAUUUAUUAAUCUGUUUUAGCGCUUAUUUUGCCAUUGGUUUCAACAGCAACACACUAGAAGAGAGUUUAAAUCGUUUUCAUCUAGACAAGAAGAUUCUCAUGCCAAUUACCAUUGGUUUGAAUUGCGUAUACGUAAUUUGUGUACCACUUUGGGGUCGUUUGUGUGAUUAUUUGGAUAACGUUCGAGUUCUUACAGGAGUUGCGGUUUCAAUUACGUGUUGUGGUUUCUUUCUUGUAGGACCUCCACCAUUCAUCCCUUUUAGAAGUUCGCUUUGGUUGGUUAUUGUUUCUGAAAUUCUCCUGGAUGCUGGAAUUGGAGGACAGAUUAUAUGCGCUUUCUUCGAUGGUAUUCAAGGUACAAUGAAGAGAGGCUUUCCUGAUGAUGUCCACACUUACUCAGCCAUUUUUGGAAAUCUUUUAUCGGCGACUGCAACUGGAUGUUUAAUAGGUCCUUUCUUAGGUCAAAUAUUCAGUCGAUACUAUGGAUAUGCUACUGCUACUUUCUUCGCUGCGGUGGUAGAGUUUGUUAUUACAACUAUCGUUUGGGCUUAUAUUUUAUGGAAGAGGAUUUCAAAUGGGGAUCAAGAAGAGCGCAUCAGUUUAUUAUCUUCAAAAUCUUGAUUUUUAAUAAUUAUGCUUUUCAAUAAGAGCAAAAUUAAACAAAUUUUUUCCAACUAUUUUGAAUGUCGAAA